AUGAAUAUAAUUACAAAUACAAAUACAAAUAGUAGUAGUAAAAAUAAAAUAGUAUAUAGUCCAAAAGAAUCAAAUGAAUAUAAUAUAUCUUAUAAUAAUACAAAUAUAAAUAUAGAUAAUAUAAAUAACAAUAGUAGUGGUUCAAACGAAGAUUUAUUUUGGACAGUUUUCAGAAAUAAAAAAAUCAAUAAACAAAUAUUUUCAAAAUUAGAUUCAUUUUUAUCACCUAGUUACGAAUCAUUAUAUGAUAUAUCUUUUGUAAUAGAUAGAUAUGAAAAUGCAAAGGAAAUAUUUAUAGAUAAAGUAAAAUCAUCACAGUAUCUUUUUAUUGACUUUGAAAAGUUAUUCAGGUUAAUUAAGAACGAUUUCAAUUUUUAUCAAAGGUUAUUCAAUAAUCAAAUUUACACAGACCAGAUACCAAACCAUUCAUCAUUGUUAAAUCAAGCAAUAUUAAGUAAUAGUUUGGCAGCAGUCAAGGGUUUAGUAGAGAGGUUUAAUUUUAUCCCAACCAAAGAUAUUUUUCGAAUGAUGUUAAACAAUCAUUCUUUAUAUGGUUCUCUUAAAAUGCUCAAAUACUUAAAGUUUGAUUUAAAUAUUAAAAGUCCUACAAUUGAAAGUAAAGAUUAUGGAGAGGCACGGUGCACUGAAUCAAAUCCUUUAAAGAAAUUCAAAUCAUUAUAUUUCCUAUAUUCUCAAGAUGUUUUAAGCUCACGUUUCUUUUAUGAUGUCUCUGCUAAAAUUUUUAAAGGUUCCCCCAAAGAAGAAGAAUCAAUAUUUAAAGAAACAUUUAAAUUAAAAUAUUUAGUAGAUGCUUGUAAAAUAAUUUCAUUAAUAAUUAAUAUUCAUAACACAAUAUAUAAUGGUAUUGAUAAUAAUAGUAAUAUUAAUAGUGAUAAUAGCACCAUUAUCAACAAUAAUAACAAAAGAACUGGAGAAGAAGAUGAAACUAAAGUUUAUUUUACAGUUGAUGAAAUUAAAUUAUUAAAGUUUACAAAGGAUCAAUUAAAUUCAAAUUUAUCUAGUUAUAUAAUUAAUAAUGUUAAUAAUUUAAAAAGCAUAAAAGUAUUGGUGGAAAUGUAUUAUUUAAUAAUAAAAUAUAAUAGAACAGAAAAAAAGAAUAGUUAUGUUAAUACAUUAUUAGAAAUCUUUAAAAAGAAAUCAGAUAGUGCCAAGCAUUCACUAUAUUAUAAAUUUUUUGACCAUGAUAUAGAUAAAAGAUUCACAAAUACUACAGAUCAACCCAUCGAUCGUUUCAUAAUAUCAUUAUCCCACGGAUGCGUUGAUUUGGCCACGAACAGUCUUUUUUAUGUAAAUUUAAAUUGCCUAAUGUCCCAUUUCAAUUCUGGUAAUAGAUCACAUAUUUUCAAAUAUUGCUCCAGUGCAAAUGAAAGGGUCAAAUAUGUUGUUGGCAUUGGUGAAAGUUUUUUAAAAUUUGAUCAAAUUAACUCAAUUAAAAAAGGUCCAUAUUUUUCAUUUAUCCAUUUUUUUUUAUUAUUGGUAUAUCAUGACAAUUUAGGAUUGGUAGAAUUUGCAUCAGAGUUAUAUUCAGGAAAUAUUUAUGACUAUAUAGACAGGAUUGGUUUCAAUUUUUUGAUCACCCCAUAUAUUGUUUCAAAGAAAAUGCUGGAGUACCUUUAUUCAAAUUUCAAAUCAUUAUUUUUAAUAGACAAACAUGCAACAUGGUUUUUCUUUUGUAACGAAGAGUUGUUAAUACACUAUGAAAAACUUGUACAUGCCGAUGGAAAAACAUUGACAUGGAAGUUUAAUCAAGAGAUUAAAGUUGAAAAAACUUUAGUUUCAAACUCAUCAAUAAAGUUUAUAGCAAGAGCAUUGCAAUUGCCAUCUUUAUAUCUCGAUGCUGAAACUCCUCAUGUUUUAAAAUUGCUAAAUUUGGGUAGCUCUGUAGAAAGUAUUAAGUACUCUCGAGAUAAUUAUAAAUAUUACAAAAAGGUUUUUAAGUAUAUCAAUUUUAGUAUAUUCCCGCUCCAACUGUUUGGUUCAAGAGGAUGUGGCCACAAUAUUAUCAAAAUAUUCAACUGGGUCGUUCAUAGAAAUAAGGAUAGGCUUUUUGUUUGUAGUUAUUUUCCUAAUAGAACAGGUACCGAUUCAAAUACAAGAUAUGAUUCACAACCAAUUCAAAACAAACGGUUUAUUUUCUCACACCAAGAGUAUGUAAAAUAUUUAGUUUUGUCGAAAAACUAUAAAAUAUUAUUCUCAAAUUACUCAAAGGAGUUAUUUAGCAAUGAUAGACCAUAUUUGGCUUUCAUUUUAGAUAACAGGGAUUUAAAAUCAAUUCAAGAAAUAUUUAACAUUAUGGAUUCUGACGAUGAUAAAGCAAAUGAAUAUAAAGAAUGCAUUUUAAAACAAAUUUUAAUUCCAGCAACACAACACCCAUCAAUUCCAAUCUUUGACCUUGUUUUAAAUAAAUUUCAAAUAUUUUUAAAUUUCAAGAUAUACAACAUUGUACACUAUAGUUUAAUUUACGAAUUUAUCAACUGUCAUUUUAAAAAUAAACAAUUGGCACAAUACUUUAUAAAAAAUCAAAAUAUUGCGGGCUAUUUAAAAGAAAUUUAUAUUUUUAAUUUUACAGAAUAG